AUGACAACCACACCUACCACCACGAUGACAACUACACCUACUACCACGAUGACAACAACAACUACCACCACGAUGACAACAACAACUACACCUACUACCACCAUGACAACCACAACUACUUCCACGAUGACAACCACAACUACUAUCACUAUGACAACCACACAUACUACCACGAUGACAACCACACCUACUACCACGAUGAAAACCACAACUACUACCAAGAUGACAACCACACCUACUACCACGAUGGCAACCAGAACUACUACCACAAUGACAACUACACCUACUAACACUAUGACAACAACACCUACUACCACGAUGACAACCAAAACUACUACCACGAUGACAACCACACCUACUACCAUGAUGACAACCACAACUACUACCACAAUGACAACCACGCCUACUAUCACAAUGACAACCACACCUACUACCACGAUGACAACCAAAAGUACUACCACGAUGACAAGAACUACACCUACUACCACGAUGACAAUCACACCUACUACCACGAUGACAACCACACCUACUACCACUAUGACAACCACAGCUACCACGAUGACAACCACAACUACACCUACUACCACGAUGAGAACCACAACUACUACCACGAUGACUACCACACCUACUACCACGAUGACAACCACAGCUACCACGAUGACAACCACAACUACACCUACUACCACGAUGAGAACCACAACUACCACGAUGACAACCACACCUACCACCACGAUGACAACUACACCUACUACCACGAUGACAACAACAACUACCACCACGAUGACAACAACAACUACACCUACUACCACCAUGACAACCACAACUACUUCCACAAUGACAACCACAACUACUAUCACUAUGACAACCACACAUACUACCACGAUGACAACCACACCUACUACCACGAUGAAAACCACAACUACUACCAAGAUGACAACCACACCUACUACCACGAUGAACUACACCUACUACCACGAUGACAAUCACACCUACUACCACGAUGACAACCACACCUACUACCACUAUGACAACCACAGCUACCACGAUGACAACCACAACUACACCUACUACCACGAUGAAAACCACAACUACUACCACGAUGACUACCACACCUACUACCACGAUGACAACCACAGCUACGACGAUGACAACCACAACUACACCUACUACCACGAUGAGAACCACAACUACCACGAUGACAACCACAUCUACUACGAUGAUAACCACAACUACUACCACGAUGACAACCAUUACAACUACCACGAUGACAACCACACCUACUACCACGAUGACAACCACACCUACUACCACGAUGACAACCACAACUACUACCACGAUGACAACCACAACUACUACCACGAUGACAACCACACUUACUACCACGAUGACAACCACAACUACUACCACGAUGACAACCACAACUACUACCACGAUGACAACCACACCUACUACCACGAUGACAACCACAACUAG